AUGAUGAAGAGGCAGUUUCAUCGGAUGCGGCAGCAACUGUCCCAUCCCAGCCUCACGGGCCGAUCCCAAGAAGCAACGGAGCUCCUGACAGAAGACUUGCUGCAGAUCGAGCAGAGGAUCGAGCCAGCCAAGCGGGCGGCUCACAGCGUGUCCAAGAGGCUCCAGGCCUGUCUGCAGGGGCAGUGCGGCUCGGAGAUGGACAAGCGAGUGAAGAAGCUGCCCUUGAUGGCUCUGUCCACAGCAAUGGCUGAGAGUUUCAAGGAGCUAGACACAGAGUCCAGCCUUGGGAGAGCCCUGGAGAUGGGCUGCUGCAUACAGAGCACGCUGGCCAAGAUCCUGGCUGAGUUYGAGAUCGCCCUGGAGCACGACGUCCUGCAGCCGCUGAACAAGCUCAGCGAGGAGGAGCUUCCCAUCAUCCUGAAGCGCAAGAAGACRCUGCAGAAGUUGAUCUCGGACUGGAACACCAUCAAAAGCAGGCUGAACCAAGCUGCCAAGAGUUCCAGUAACAGCACAAGCGCCGGCGCUGGUCCUGGGGCAUCUGCUGCUGCCAACAAACUGGAGAACUUGAAGGAAGAGGAGGAGGAGGUGAAGAGGAAGGUGGAGCAGUGCAAGGACGAGUACAUGGCCGACCUCUACCACUUCUCCACCAAAGAGGACAGCUAUGCCAGCUACUUCAUCAGACUGAUGGAAAUCCAAGCCCAGUACCACCGGCAGUCCCUGGGAUCCCUGGACUCGGUGCUGGCAGAGCUGAAGGAAUCUCACAGCCAGACAGAGCCCUCCUUCACCGCAGAGGCACCAGUCGCCGGGUACUACGGCGUGUCCCUGGGGACGCACCUCGAGAGCCUGGGCCGGGAGAUUGCGCUGCCCAUCGAGGCCUGUGUCAUGAUGCUGCUGGCCUCGGGCAUGAGGGAGGAGGGACUCUUCCGGCUGGCGGCGGGCGCCUCGGUGCUGAGGAAGCUGAAGAGCAGCUUGGCCAGUGGCUCCAACGCCCUGGAGGAGUUUUACACGGACCCGCACGCGGUGGCUGGAGCACUGAAAUCCUACCUGCGGGAGCUGCCCCAGCCCCUGAUGACCUUCGAGCUCUACGACGAAUGGGUCAAAGUGGCUGGCUUCAAGGACUCCGAUGGCCAAGUACAGAGUCUCCGAGACACCUGCAGCCGCCUGCCCCUGGAGAACUACAAUAAUUUAAGGUACCUCAUCAAGUUUUUAGCCAAGCUGGCCGAACACCAGGAGGUCAAUAAGAUGACCCCCAGCAACAUUGCCAUCGUGCUGGGCCCCAACCUGCUCUGGGCGCAGCAAAGCUCAGGAGAUCCCAUGCAGCUGGACUUGGCCUCGGUCUCCUCCAUCCAGGUGGUGGGCAUUGUGGAAGCCCUCAUCCAAAACGCGGACACCCUCUUCCCUGGAGAGAUCGAUUUCAACGUCUCUGGCAUGUUCACGCCACCUGCGAACGCUGUUCUUAGCGAGGCCAGCCCAGAGGAGGAAGCGUCUCCCAAGUCUCCUCCAGCCAGCACCUCUGCUUUCCCAGAUGAAGAAGCCACAAAGGAUCCYAAGGCAAGUUCUCAGACAGCUUCUUCGAAGGUGACCACAUCUUCUGAAGGUUCCGGGCUGGUAGCCCCAACGCCCGCCAGUGACACCACCCGCAAAGGCAAGCGGCCRGCCCCGGCACGGCCCACGGUGCCGCCACCUCCCGUGGCCCAGCCGCGUGGCUCCGCUGCCGCCGCCGAAGACGCAGCCGCCCCCAGAGCCCUGCCCCGGCGCCUGGCGGGCGCCGCCAGCCGCGCGCCCUCCGUGCCCCCGCCGCUGCCCCCGCAGCCGAGCCGCCGCCAGAGCCGCAGCGGCGCCCGGGCCCCCGGCUCGCCCGGCAGCGAGGCCGGCGCCGCGCCGGAGCCGGAGCCCGCCAUGGACUGCGCCCCGGGAGCUGCCRCCGAGGGGCAGCCGCCAUCUCCGGGAGGAAGGAAUCCUCCCGCGGCAUCUCAGCCAACGGGGCAGGCCUCGGAGAUCGACUGA